AUGGCAUCGUCCCUCACCGCGCAGUUGGCACAGAUUGCCGCCAAGUCGACAAAUGCUCUUGACCUGAAGGCGCAAAGGGCGGCGCAUUCGAAGUCUCUAAUUUUCGACACAAAAGUCGCCAAAUCGCAGGACUUUGACACAUUAUAUCAAAUAUGCAAUGAUGGAUUCCAAGAAUUGUGUCAGUUGGAUGCACGAUUCGCGGAAUUCGAGCGAACGUUAUUCAGCUUGCACAGCAAGACGGAGGAUCGAAGAGAGAUGACAGCAGCACAAAACAAAGACCUUGACGUUGUUUUGGAGUCCUUCAUGGGCUUGGUUGGUGGGAAAUUACAGUUGAGCCCAGCCGUCAAGGCAUUGGAAUGGCUUAUAAGGCGAUUUCGAGUACAUGAGUACAAUACUACUUUUCUCCUCCUUACCUUUCUUCCAUACCAUUCGCUGCCGAUAUUUCUCGACCUCUUAGACAUUUUACCGGAUGAUCUCACCCCGACAUUCAAUGAUCUUCGAGCAUACAAGAAAAGUCGCGUCAAUCCUCCCAUGGAGGCCAUAGUUCGUACGGCAGCAAAGAACACAGCCUUCUCAACCGCCUUCAACAAUUAUACUAUUCAAGUCUCCAAACAGAACGCCCACUAUCAUGGCUUGCUGGCAUUUUGGUCGGGUAUAAUGACGCAGGCAUGUUCAGAGAUGCUGAAUUCAGCUCGCGCCGGCCGUCGAGACGUUGAAAAGAAGAACCACGAAGAUAUAUUCAUUCACUUUUUGCCUGUUCUCAAUGAUGGGUUCGCCAUGAAGAAAGUUUCGGAGUUGGUCAUUGGUUGUUACAUGAUCACCGUUGUAUUUGCUACGAAAGCAGCUCUUACAGAACAUGUCAUUGACACUCUAAUGACGGCUGUGUCUGGAUCUUGUACUCAAGAAACCAUUAACUCGGCAGUAGUCACUCUAGCAGUUCUAGCUGAGCAGAAAACAGACCCCUCACUUCCCAAGAAGGUUGUUCGCUCUGUUCUUAAACUUGACAAAAAUAUCGAUCUUUUGGUCGACGUCGCCUCCCAACACAGAACUUCGAAACUUCUCUUGGGCUUGAUUAGUGGCUGUCUUGCGGACCUGCAAAAAGGUGACUCGCAGCCACGCCUCGCUUUCAUAUUACAAACAUUUCAGAGAGGAUUAUUGGAUGAGGCUUCGAGUAAAGCUGCAAUGAAGAUGAUUUUGCAAACUACCACCGAUGCUCAACGAAGUGGUACUCUGUCUCUAAACGUGCAGACCGGAGUCUCUGAUCUGGUCCAGGCGUUGAACGCAUCUGAUGUUCACAGGUCUCUUUUGCAAGCAGCGACUACCGAGGCAAAUAUGGACUUAGACAGCUUAGAGCAUAGCUUACAGAUUACCAUCGGAACUCAGCCUGCUCUUCCAGCCGGUGAAGAUGUUGAAAUGACAGACAUAGCAGAGGAGAAGGAAGUUGAUACAUUUGCUCCAUUGAUUGAUUCUCUAGUCAAGGAGCCUUUGGUAUCUUCUUCGUUUCUUUCUGCUCAGAUCUCGCCUCUUUUCGAAAAGCUACUCGAGGCGUUCACACUUGCUGGAGACUCACCAGAUAAGUUGAACAAGGUAUGUGACUUACCAGCUCUUGGAAAGUCUCAUUUAGAUCAGAAGCCACAACACCAAUUCCUGUCUUUCUUCGUGCGAAUCUUUUCCGGGCCCUAUGCAAUUCGCACCCGGGUUUCUGCUUUGAAGACGAUAUCCACAGCUCUCGACGCAGCUCAGCCAGCACUUGAUUUGCAAGCUUUGCUUCCUUACAUAAUUGCAGCAUUCCUUGAUCCGUCGCAUGCCAUUAGGAGUGAAGCUGCAAAGCUUCUCGGAACUCUCAUCCAAAUCCAACGCAAAGCUAAGCAUGACGCUAUCUCGACCACUCCAUGGGCUCAAGAAAGCCUCUAUGAAGGACAAAAUUCAGUCAAGUCGGCAUGGUUGUCGACUGCUGAUGCAUGGAAGAUCACCGAUCAUGUAUUACUCCCUAGCCUAGAGGGAUACGUUCAGGAUUCUCAACACAUCAUUUCUACGCUUAAAAAGGCACUCAAGAAUUCAAGCUCCGACUCUGAUAAAGAUUCUAGCGCUGAGCUUAAGAAGUCUGAGAGACAAAGUCUUCUGCAAUUUUUAUGUUAUCAUAUUAUUGUGACGCCGCUUUUCCGAAUCAAACUUCGCCUCCUCAAGAUUGUUAAUAGCGUGGAUAAGAUUGGUUCCUUGACACGAACUAAGCUAUUAGCAUCCUUCAUUGAUACAUGCCGCACUCUUCCUGAAUCACGACUUUCUCAGAUUUGCGAAGAAGAGCAGCUUUCUUUGGCAGAAUUGGAGCAAGAGAUUGCUGCAGUUGUCAGCCCGAAGGAACGAGAUGCUGAAAAGAUUCUGAUAUCAAGCCUCGUGGAAUCUGGAAAGAAUCUCCGAUCUACCUUCAUGUCUGCUAUUUUCACUCGCCUUGAACAAAUCUGGAACAAACUGGAAGAUGACAAACAAGACGCUGCUGCACAACAAAUAUUCGACCUCUCAUUCAAGGGCACAGAAUCCAUGCAAAGUUUUGCAAAAGAAACUCUUCGCAAUGUUUCCCUUCCAGAAUCAAUUCUUGUUAGUUUUCUUGACAUGAUACCAGAGCUUGUCUCUACUUUCGAGAAUCACAGUCCCUCGCCGAAGAGACGACGCACAAAUAAGAAUAAUGCUGUUGCUGCCAUAUCUGACCCAGCUGGAUUGGAUGAAGUAAUGGGCAAAGUUACCUUCAUCCUUGAACUUGUAGAUAGUUCUACACCUGAGAACCAUCCCAGUCUUGCUGCUGGCCUCUUCAAGUCUCUGGCUGCUCUGCACCAUCUAAAGGCUAGAAUCCAGUCAACUCUGGGCUAUCUUCUCAGUCUUGCUCUCGGCAGUUUGUUGGCCAUUGUUAAUAAAGCCAAGACAUUACCGAAACCGUCUUUUGAUACAUCUGCCAUCAGAACCGACCUGGUUGUAGAUUGCGUGCGAAGCUCGCAAAGCCCACAAGUGCAAAAUACCGCUUUGCUCUUAGUCUCUGGUCUCGCUGUGAUUGCGCCUGAGCAGGUACUUCACAGCGUCAUGCCGAUCUUCACGUUCAUGAGCUCUAGCGUUUUGAAGAAGGACGACGAUUAUUCGGUUAUGGUAAUCGACCAGACAAUUGAUCAGGUUGUUCCAGUCCUUGUUCAGUCGCUACGCAACCAAAAGCGUGACGUCGUCGCUGGAACUUCUGAAUUGCUUCUCAGCUUUACGGCCGCCUUUGAGCAUAUUCCGUCGCAUCGCAGACAGCGUCUAUUCCAGGCAUUGGUCACGAAACUGGGAGCUCAGGACUUCCUGUUCGCUGUCCUGGCUAUGCUCGCUAACUUUCAUGGUCUCGACAAGAACGUAUCUGUCUUGAUGACUCAUCUUGUUUCUGGUCUCGAUCCGGAAGUUCAGCUCGUUACAUAUCAGAAGUACCUGAACCUGAUCAGCGACAGUCUGAAGCCGAAACCUGGUAUUUCUCAGAUACUCUUGGGUGUUGGCAACGAGGGCGCGAAGGACAAGCACAUUAUUGCAGAAAGUCUACUGCGGUCCCUCUCUUACUGCUUGAAACAUUCUAGCUUGAAAACACAGCUGGCUACCGUCUUCAGUUCCGCUGCCGAGGACACGCUGGCUAGAGUUGGAACUCUCUUCUCACAGAUUCUCGAACAGGUCUUAACAAUGGUAGAUACAGUACAAGAUAUCAAGCCUCUCAGCAAUGCAUGCAACGAGACUCUCGGGUCUGUACUGGGUGUUCUGUCUCUUGUUGACCUUCUCGACACUAUCGAGCAGCUAUUGCAAAGACCUAAUCCAGACCUCCGACGCAAGGUUCUUCGACUACUGGAGAACCGCCUUCGCCAAACUCCAGAGCGCCAUGGUGCGUCGCAAAACAGGGUUCUGGAAUUUGUUGCCUUCCUCAACCAGGUCGUCGAAUCGUCGGAUGACGCACUACUCAAACACGCUGCUGUUGCUUGCAUAGAUCGCAUCGCUGAGAAGUAUGGCCGAAAGGAUCCUGAGAAGAUCUUACCGGCCGCUAUGGUCAUAGCCAGUGAUUCGUGCCUUGGCCAGGAUGACAACAAAAUCCGUGUCAUAGGUUUGCUAUGUCUCGCAUCAAUGACAGAAGUUCUUGGCGAGGGGAUUAUCCCAGCACUGCCAGAGACAUUGAAAAAAUCUCUCGCCCUUUUGGAGAGCAGCUUGCAAGGCGGUACUGUCAACGAGCAACUUCACAAUGCAGUCUUCUCUCUGCUGGCUGCUCUUCUUGUCCAGGUUCCAUUUAUGUUAUCGGGUAAAACCCUUGACACGAUACUUCAGCUUUCGUUCAAAUCUGCAGAGCUCGAACUAUCCGACGAAGGCGAGGAAGCGCGACGAGAUGCGUUGAAGCUAAUCGCAAAGAAAGUCGAUGUCAAGGAAUCCUUUGGUGCCGUCGAGAGAAAUUGGACUGCAGCCACCAGCUCGGGCCCAAUUGCUACGAAGGAAGCACUCGACAUUGUGAGCGUUGCAAUUGAGAAGCAUCCCAAAUCUGCCACGGUCAAGAACGUCGGCGUUCUUUCGAAGUUGCUAUACCGCGCUUUUGAUCUUCGCCGAGAACAACAAUCUGCUGUGACGAAGUCCCAAUUUGAGGAAACAGAGCUUCAGGAAAUUGAAGAUAUCGUCAAUGGAGUUACCAUUAAGAUGAUAUUCAAAUUAAAUGACACUGUUUUCCGUCCGCUGUUCAUGGAGUUGGUGGAAUGGGCAACCAAUGGUGUUUCCAAGAGUGAUACCCAAGGAAGAGUUCUUCGAUUGACUUCCUUCUAUAAGUUCCUGCAGAGCUUCUUCGGAACGCUCAGAUCGAUCGUGACUAGCUAUGCCAGUUACAUCAUUGAGAAUGUGAUUGAAGUUCUCGAAUUUUCCAGGCCGAAUGUGAAGGAGUCAAAGGAUCUGUGGUUGGCAGCUGUAAAAACGCUCAAUGCUGCAUUUGAGCAUGAUCAAGAUGCAUUCUGGCAAUCCCCGUCCCAUCUCAGCGGCAUUUCCAAAGCACUCAUCUCUCAACUCGCUCGGGCAACCAACUCUUCCACAGCAACCAUCAUUAUCGACGAAGUAGUACCGGCUAUCUCCGAGCUUGCAAUUGCGACUGAUUCUCCAGACAACUACAAAGAAAUGAACACUGCCAUAAUGAAGUAUCUUCGUCCCUCAACCAGCGCCGUCGCAGAUGGAGGUGACAGUGCGCAUACUCGACUCGCCGCACUAAAGACCGAACAGGCGUUGACAGAGCGAUUGGGCGAGGAAUGGCUCACUCUUUUGCCCGAGAUGUUGCCAUAUAUCAGCGAGUUGAUGGAGGAUGAAGAUGAGACGGUGGAGAGAGAGACGAGGAAGUGGGUGAAGGGUAUUGAGGAUAUACUUGGGGAAAAGCUAGACGAUAUGUUGACGUAG